GUUGAAAUCGAGAGUGAGGAGGGGAGUAAUCAGUAAUCAUACAACUUUGGCCUGAUUUUGGCUCAUUCAUUCGUAGAAUGGAUGGACUUACUCCAAUAGUUGCUCUCAGCUGGUGGAUAACAGGAAUCAAACAUGAAGUCGGUUUUCCUGUGGCUUCUUCUCCUUAAUGCGAUAGGCUGCAGUUUCAGUGCCAGGAUACUGGCCAUGACACCUUUCCAUGGUAAGAGUCACUAUAUCUUUGUGUCUGGGAUCCUUAAAGCCUUGCAUCAAAGAGGACACCAUAUAGUCGAGUACAGUCCCUUCCCUCCCAGUAAACCUUUGGCUAACUACACCCACGUGGAGAUCCAUACGGAAUUGGAAAAGGAAUUUCAAAAAUGGACAUUUGAAGAAUUCUUACAAGCCGCAAAAAUGUCCAACAGCUUGUGGCCCAACCCUUUUAUAUUCCUAAAUAUCUGGUGGAUGACAAACCCAAUGUGUAAGGAAAUCUUUCAGCAAGAGAGCAUAAAGAACCUGAUAAACUCUAAGGAACACUUUGAUCUCGUGAUAACAGAGUCCACUUUUGGACAAGAAUCAAUGUUAGUGUUUGGGGACAGAUUUGGAGCACCAACAGUCACAAUACAAGGAUUAUCAAGUGUUCCUGCUCUGAAUAGAGAUGCUGGUAAUGCAUUGUCUAUAGCUUCAGUUCCUGAGACGACAUCAGUCGUUGCAACGGACAAUAUGACUUUUGUGCAAAGAUUACUCAAUUUUGUGUCAAUCACAUGCUCUCUGCUACUCUACUACAACUAUCAGUUGCCUGCCCAAAACAAAAUCCUGCAAGAGUACUAUGUCCAGGAUGCACCCAGCAUUGGUGAACUGGUUGGAAAUGUCUCUCUUUACCUCAUCAACAGCCAUCCUGCUGUUGAGUAUCCAAGGCCAUACACUCCAAAUAUCAUCCCUAUCACAGGCAUCACUAUUUCUCCUGACAGGACACCACUACCAAAGGAUCUCAAGAAAUUUAUGGAUGACGCCAAGGAAGGAGUGGUGUACUUCAGCUUGGGGACAAUUGUGCCAGUUCAUGUUCUUCCAGAGAACCUGCUUCAAGCAUUUGUCAGUGUUUUCAAGAAACUACCACAGAGCGUUAUUUGGAAAAUUGAUCUUGACAGUAUUCCAAAUCUCUCCAAUAAUGUGAUGCUCACAAAAUGGGUACCUCAACCUGGAGUGUUAGCUCACCCCAACUGUGUCUUGUUCAUGACACAUGGAGGAGCAUUCAGCCAACAGGAAGCCAUCCAUGCAGGAGUACCAACUGUUGGUAUUGCAUUUUUUGGAGAUCAGCCCGCCAAUGUCAAGUUUGCAGAGCACCGUGGUAUCGGUGUCAGAUUAGCUUUUGACAACAUUUCAGAGGAAACUAUCUCUACAGCAAUUAACAUGGUUCUGAAAAAUCCCAAGUACAAAGAGAAUGCACAGAGACUAUCUCGCAUAUUCCGGGACAGACCAAUGUCCCCAGCUGACUCAGCGGUGUUCUGGGUGGAGUAUGUGCUGAGGCAUGGAGGAGCUCAUCACCUGAGAUCUGCUGCCACACAACUGUCCUGGUACCAGCUUGCUCUCCUGGACAUCCUGGCAGCUGUAAUGGCUGUUGUUGUCAUCCUGUUUUUGGUCCUGCGGAAGCUAUUGUCAUUAGUCUGUGGUAGAAAAGGACAGAAACAUGUUUCCACGAGUAAGAAGAAAAACUGAUUAACUUGGGUUAAUAUGAGUGCUUUGGAAUGUAAUUGUGAAUUAAUUCCAAUAACGAAAAAGUGGAAUUAAUAGGCUGCAGGAGUUCCUCAGAUCCUUGCUUAUUUAUUGAUUAGGAUCGGAGGCACAUAAAAGGGUGUUAUCUAGUGACUUGCAGGGGUUAUUGGAUGGUUUUCCGGUAAAUAUUUUAUAAAUUAUGAUCACAAAUAUUUUAUUAUUGAGAUACAUUUCUUAAAAUGUUAUUAAUUCAUGCUAAUUUUAUACUGUAUUUUAAUAUAAAUGUAUAACAAUUAUUGUACUUAUAUGGGUAAAAUACCAUGCCCAUUUUUUAAAACUCAAUGUCGGUAGGCCUACAUGUAAUGUGUGUAGUCAACCAAGUGAGUCAUUCUGUCACCUAUUGUUCAUCACCUUGAUCUCAUAAAAUACUCAGAAACAAAAAAUAGAGAUUCUGAUCAUUGUUGAGUUUAGGCCUACAUGUUAAAUUCCUUAUCAUGUUUUAAAUUUGCACUACAACCUGUGAUUACUAUAAUAAAACAGAAAGAGGUAUGUUCAGGACCAGAAGUACAAUGUGGCAGCUGAAACUGUGCCAGGGUCCAAUUUUGGAAAAAUGGAGGGAUACUGAGCCUACAGGGCAUAGACAUGAGCACCAUAGAAAAUAAUUAAUUUUAUUGUUUAUAUGAUAAAACAUUUUUUUAAUAAUAACGUAGUUAUACACUGAUAAUGUUGUUUUAUUUAUUUUUUUUCGUUUUGAUUGUCUCUAAUUUUAUUUGAACAAUACGAAUUGUCAUUUGUUUAAAUGUUAUUAUAUCAUGUAGAUUAUUACUAUUAGUAUUUAUUUGAAGUGACAUAUCAUAUGUGAUUAUCUUAAUAUACUCAAUGUUAAAUUAAACAGAUUAAUAGGCUCUGAAAAUAAGAGAAUGUAUUAGCAACCUGCUGACAUAAGUGAAUUAUGUUAUAUUUUAGAAGUGUUUCCAUAUACCAAUGUACACAAAUUGUCUUAGGUAAUUUUUCAAUAAUAAUACCAAGAAUA